UAACUAAUCAGUAUAAAGAAUUUUUUUUCCUCUUUUGUUAGUAAAAAGAACAUUUUUUACAUAAUUUUCUUCAUGUGUAAAUAUUUACUUAUAACACUAUAAACAAAGUAUAAAUUGAUGAUUGUUAACGAUUUAUAUAACUGAAUACAUAAUUAAUAUAUUUUAUCACGCCAAUCGGACAAAAAAUAACCAUAGAUAUAUUUAUGGGCGAAUGUUAUGUCCAUGUGUAAUUUGUUAUAAUAAAGAGAAUGUGGAACAUAAGAAAGUUAUUUAAUACUUUUAUUAAGAGCCAAAAACCGCAGAUCUACAAACAAUGGGGAUCAAAUACAAUUGCUUUCAAAAUAAAUAUGUGUACUGAUACUAUAAAUAUAGAUUCCCUCUCUCAAGAAGAUAAAGAAAAAAUACUCCAAAUAAUAAAUAGCAAAGGCACAGAAGAUCUAUUGCAGUAUUCCAUUACUAAGAAGCGUGCGCAGAGUUUAGAAGACCAUCGCACAUAUAAUGGACCAUAUAACUCAUUGGAGGACUUAUUACAAGUUAAGGGUAUAAAUAACAAAUGUCUAUUCAAGUUCUACAAGUCAAUCAUAAGUAGUAAGACAAAGAGUCCCAGAAAAAUCACACGAGGCUUAAUCCUAACACCAAAAACUUUUAACCAAAAGGAUGUUAAUACAGUAUUAGGUAUAUACAUAGGAUCAAAUAUGAUAAGUUGGUCAUUGUUAAAUCGCGAUUGCGAAGUAUUACAAUGGAGCUAUAAGUCUUUUCCACAAAAUAAGUUGAAGAAAAAUAUUCAUUCUUUUCUUCAACUAACAUUACCAAUAGCUGCAAAAUUACCUAAAGCUGAUCGAUAUGUACUGCAGGACAUUGUUAAUAAUAUAGGCUAUCAGAAGGAUCGGUCGAUUUAUGUACAAGAGUCUGCGAUAACCGCUAUCAUUCUAUCGUACCUGGCAACAUCAAAUAGCAAAUUUAACAGUACUGCAGAAUUUGUAUUGAAUAAUGUAUUUAUAUUGCGCCAACGUGUUUUACCAAAAAUCUAUGGACUUGUAGUUGGUAAUGAAACUAUAGCUACAAAAUAUAUAAUGGAAAAGCUACUGCAAGAGAACGACAGAUUAAUGGAAACCAAAGAACGCCUGCCAAGUGUAUUAAUAAAGACAGAAUUAAGAAACAUGUACAAUGCGCAAAGUCCUGUCUAUCAAGAGCAAGUUAGUUGGUCUUUAUUGAUAGCAUUAGCUUUUUUAGAAUUAGUUGUACAUCAAAGACCUGAUAUGAUCGUUCGUAGCGACAUGUAAAAUCUAUUGCUUAUUGUUAUCUAAUAAUGUCAAUAAGAAAAUAAUAUUAAUAUUAUCGAUGAAUUUAUUUUGAAAUUGAUAUUAUAUAUAAUUGUUAAUAGCUAAUAAAAAGAUAUUUUUUGUUAUUUCCAA